CAUAACAGUGAUUUCCACUUGAAGGCAGUAGCAGACAGAAAUAAAAGAUGAGAUGUCGAUAGAGCCAACCUCCGCCAUCCAAGACCUUUUGUUCUUUGUCCACGCAGUAUCUGUGAAGAGUGAUGGAGGCCGUGCUCCCACUGUGCUUUCUGGUGGCCAUGCUCCACCUCAGUGUCCACAGCCUGACCCAGACUGCUCACCAGCCUGAGGCAGCUGACCCUCAGAAGCAGUACUCCCAUGAGGGAGAUCCUCUUGAGUCCUGCCAAAGGAUAGUCUCAAGCAAUACAGACUUUGCCUUUCAGUUUUACAGGCAAGCAACCACUCAAGAGCCUGGCAAGAACAUCUUCUUUUCCCCAGUCAGCAUCUCUGCUGCCCUUGCCCUUCUGGCCCUGGGCUCCCGAGGCACUAGCCAGGCUCAGGUGCUGGGAGGACUGGCCUUUAACCUCACCAGCAUCCAGGAGGAGGAGAUACACGAUGGCUUUUGUCAGCUCCUCCUCCUGCUGAACCGCCCUGGCAGCCAGGUGCAGCUGAGCAUGGGGAACACCCUGUUCAUGGACAAACGCCUGAAGCCAACCAAAACGUUUCUGAAGGACAUCAAAAAACUGUACAGAGGAAAAGCUCUCUCUAGUAGCUUCCAGAAUACCGCUGAAGCUAAAAAAGAGAUCAAUGAUUAUGUAAAGAAUAAAACUCAUGGGAAUAUAAAGCAAAUACUUGAGGAUCUUGAUCCAAACACUCUGAUGGUAAUUGUUAACUACAUUUAUUUCAAAGCCUACUGGGAAAAUCCUUUCAAUAUUGAAGGGACUCACAAGGACUAUUUCCAUGUGAAUGCAAAGACCUCAGUUGAAGUGGAGAUGAUGAUUCGAGAUGGAUUUUAUAAAGCAUACUCUGACAGAAAGCUGUCUUGCAUGGUGGUGCAGAUUCCUUACAAGGGAGAUGCUGUAGCAUUGUUUAUCCUGCCCAGUAAAGGAAAAAUGAAACAGUUGGAACGUGCCCUGACAAAAAACACUGUUUCUAAAUGGAAAAGAUCUCUUCAAAGACGGAGGAUGGAAUUGUAUAUCCCAAAACUAUCAAUUUCAGGCACCUAUGACUUAAAGAGGAUCUUAAUGAAUCUGGGUGUUACUGACGUGUUUUCUAAUCGGGCUGAUCUGUCUGGAAUCACAGGAAACCGUGAUGUGAAGGUUUCAAAAGCUACUCACAAGGCCCUGCUGAAGAUUCAUGAGAAUGGCACAGAGGCUGCAGCAGCCAGCAGCAUAAAUUUUGUUCCUUAUUCUGCUCCUCCCAUUGUUAAAUUCAAUCAUCCAUUCUUGCUGUUGAUCAUUGAUCAGUAUACUAAGAGCAUCCUCUUCAUGGGAAAAAUUGUAAACCCAACAGAAAAGUGA